AAACCCAGAACUCCGACCGGCUCUAGUUGAACUCCAGACGACAACCACAAGACCUCCGCGCCUUGCAUAUUCAUCCUCCAGUAUGGCGGGAACGGAUUACGAAGGCGACACCGUCAUGGGCGACUAUCCUCCCGAGCCUGGUACCCCGCAACUCCAAAUCCAACCCCCUCUCGCAGACUUCACCCUGCCCUUUGGCAAGUUUAAAGGCAGAAGGCUAUGCGAUGCCCCGAUGUGGUACCUGAAUUGGCUCACCGAUGGUAUCACAGAUCCAUCCCCAACCUUUACAGCUGCCCUCACAUACGCUCUGGCAACAUCAAGUUUCUCGGAGAUGGAGAUCGACUGGUAUCCGCCUGCUAUCUCUGCUGCGCCCAACAAAUUUCAUCAGUGGCGGAAGCUGAAUGACGGGAAGCCGAAAAGCACGGACACAGCUUUGUGGAUCACUACCAACGACACGAAGGAAUAUUUCUACUUGGGCGACGAGAUCCUUCAAGUCAUGAAGGUGCCAAAAUUCCCAAACGAUGAACCUCCCCAAACGAACGCUACAAAUAAUAUGUCGCCGCGGAAGACACUUAACAAUGUCGCAAGGUACGGCCUUUAUCACAUUUGGGACUUGUCACAAGUAUAUAUAACGAGAGGGGAGGCAGAUGCUGCAUUGAGGAGAUUUAUGAAUGAGAGACCUCGAGGAAUGGGUGGGGGUUUGCCGAGAAAGAACUGAAAAGGCCAGGGGUCGGGGUCUUAUCGAGGGGUUUCACAAGUUGGGAAACAUGGACUAUGUAUCGGCCUUAUCGUUACUGCACUAUACUGGGAGUCAAAGAGAUAGUGAAACAGGGAGUCGUCCUACAAGGCAAACCACUAAAAUCCACACUCCGCGUCAACUCGAUGUCUUGCCUGAGCCUGCAAAGAGAAUGGAUUCUUACCUUAACCAGAUAAGAGUUGCCAAGGUCAUCAGAUAUCAGGAGAUCGAAGUCGCUCUCCACUUAUACUCCGG